UUUAAUAAUAACUUGCCAGGCAUGCAUGAUAAAUUAAAUCUGUACCUCUUCAAUCAGCCUUCAUGUCCAAUUAAGAUGCUUUACUUCCAGCAUCCAUGUCCGACGACGACAGCCUGCCGCCUGAAGUGGAUUUUGGAGUUAUGAGGCAAGGGGCCAUAUACGUCCCAGAUCCUUAUGCCUACGACCCUCCCUUGCCAGCAAGGGAACAACGAGAAAGGAACGAGAGCGAGGAGUCACAAGUCCAAUGCACCUGUGAAAACUGUCCCCUACAAGAAGGGCAAUGCUGCCGCGAUGUUCCACGUGUCGCACGGAACUGCUUAGGUCGCUGCAUCACUGGAGACGAGCUGUUUGGGCUCGUCUGCUUGGACGAGAGGCUACUCGAUAUAGCCUACGAGAAGCUGAAAAUCUAUGAGCCGGCAUACUUGGAGCCAGCGGCUAGGGAUCGGAACAAAAAAUAUAGGUUCACGGCCUACAAGGAGUUUGUAUGGUGCAUUUGGGGCAGGCUGGGCCGUCGCCGACGUGUCAGGCUCCCAUGCUGUGUGGUCGGAAGGAUCAGGGAACAGUUUCCGUCGGCCACAUACACAGGGUUCCAAUACUGCUAA